AUGUUUGCCGAUCUAUCAGCUUUCAAAAAUGAGGAAAGCUGUCAAUACCAUGGUACCUCAGGGCCUCUACAAGUAUCGACUGUGGAUAAUGUUGAAUGCAUAAAGUAUGUUUACGACGCAGCGGUUGAAGUAGGGCUUAAGACGACAGAGGAUUAUAAUGGCGAAGAUCAAUUGGGCUGGAACUCAGCCCAGGUAACUGUAGAUGCCAAUGGAGAGAGGUCUAGCACUGCAACUGCCUUCUUAGAGCCAAAUAUGGACAGAAAAAAUCUACACGUAGCAACACAAGCUCACGUAACAAAGGUUCUCCUAGAAGGCAAGAAAGCAGUGGGUGUGGCUUACGUGAGAGACUUGGUCAAGAAAAGUGUGAAAGCAAGAAAGGAAGUUAUACUAUCAGGAGGUGCCAUUGGAUCACCUCACAUUCUCUUACUCUCUGGAAUAGGACCUAAGAAACACCUUAAAGAGAUGGGAAUACCCGUAGUUGCAGACCUACCAGUUGGAGAAAACAUGGAGGAUCACCCUUCAACUGACAUUCUGACAUUUUUUACAAAAGUUGAUGCUAUUACAGAACACCAAGCGUUCUCUUUACUUGAGACCUGGAAAUAUAAACUGUUUGGAACAGGUGUAUGGAAGAAUCCACUGGCAAACCUGAUGUACUUUAUGAAAUCUCCUUACCAGCAGGAUGAUCACAAAUUCCCAUACAUCCAGUUUCAUGUAUUUUCAACACUAUGGGGAAACGACAAAGGAACAGAUUAUGUAAAAGACAACGUCGGAUAUACUGAUGAGGUGUGGAAUGCAUUGUUCCCAGAUGAGCAACUCGAUGGAAAAACUGGGAUCAGUUCCAUUAUCACAUUGCUCCAUCCAGCGACAAAUGGUACAAUUAGACUUCAGAGCAGGGAUCCAUUUGAUCACCCACUGAUUGAGCCAAACUAUCUCAAAAAUCCAGUUGAUGUGAAGCAUUUGAUGGCAGGAAUAAAGGUUUGGACAGAAAAACUUGCAAAAACAGAUGCAUUCAAAAAGGGAGGAUUUGAACUCAAUACAAACCAUCACCCUUUAUGUAAGACUCACCGAUUUAGCACCGAUGCUUACUGGGAUUGUUUCAUUAGAGCAAACUUGUGGACAUUAUACCAUCCAACAUCAACAUGCAGAAUGGGACCAACGAGUGACAAGAACUCAGUUGUAGACCCACAGUUACGAGUGAAAGGGAUUGAGAAUCUGAGAGUGGCAGAUGCAUCCAUCAUGCCUCAUGUCAUGUCAGGCAACACCAAUGCGCCAUCUAUUAUGAUCGGAGAAAAAGCUGCAGAUUUGAUCAGACAAUCGUAAAAACUCAUUUGCAUUUACAAUUUAGAUAUACGUGCUAUGAUUGAUUUCAAACUCCAUAGUUCAAGCAGAAAUGUACCAUCCUUUAUAAUAGGAAUGUAAGGCUGCAGAUUUAUUUUUACAAUCGUAAAAAUUCAUUUUGCAUUUAAAAUAUACGAGCUAUAAUUGAUUUGAUUUCAAACCCCAUGCUUCAAACAAAAAAUGAUAAGAGGGAACGCUGCAGAUUUGAUCAGAAUCUGCAUUGUAUUUUCAUAUUUUAA